UACAGUUGAGUAGUUUAACUUCGAAUACCAAGACGCUUAUCAAACCAAUAUCAUUGGAAUACAAAAUGUCAAUGUAUGACGUAUCGCUGUCUGAUCUCCAACUGACCGACGAACAGAUUGAGGACUUCCGAGAGGCGUUUGGUCUUUUUGAUCGAGAGGGUAAAGGUAGCAUCACUGUAGACGAUCUAAAGGCGGUACUGCGUUCUCUAGGCAAGAACCCGUCUGACGAAGAGCUCGUUGAGAUGAUCAGGGAGGUGGAUGAUGACGAGAGCGGUACCAUCGAGUUCCCAGAGUUUCUCACGAUGAUGGUGCGGAAAGUGAAGGCACCGGAAACUGAAAAGGAACUGAUAGACGCGUUCCGUGUCUUUGAUCACCUUAACAAUGGCUUCGUCAGUGUCACCGAGAUGCGUCACGUUCUUGCCAACCUCGGUGAACGACUGACGGUCACCGAGAUUAACGAACUUUGUCGAGUAGCGGACGCAGGCGGAGUUGGUCAAGUAAAUUAUGUUGAUUUUGUGAAAACAAUGUCCUUAUGAUGACAAAACAGACGAUGUGGAUGGAGAUCUGCAGUUUUGUCAUGAAAAUUAUAAGUAAAUGAACAAAGUUAAAUUUAAUGCUGUAUUAAUAUAUUAUAUACAAUGCGUGCCUUCUGUGAUUGAACUGACAUAGUGAAUAAGAAACCGGACAUAAAUAAUUAAGUGUAAUUUGUGUUAUCUGCUAUAUGUAAGAUUUUUCGUGUAAGUGGACAUGUUUGUGAUUACUUCGAAAGAGUAAAAGAGACAAAAUCUUGAAUUCUUAAAUGGACUUGUCUUUUAUAUAAUCCUGUUCACAAUUACUAAACUUAAAUACAAACUAGUUUUUACAAGAAAGUAGUAUCUACUGUAAAGACCGACUGUUUAAAAUAAUUCAUAUCAGCUUAUUGUGUCCUCUUGUUAACUAGCAUCAACUCAUUAAUUCGAUAUGAUAACCCAUGUGUCUUAAACUGUUACAAUUCAGAGUAAGC